AGUGUCGGCGGAAAGUCUGGAAGCCGGCUCACCCUCGCGCAGGUGGUAUCUCGAGCUUCGCGUUUUGAGCAGGAGUCGCCACUCUUCUACCAGGAUCAUGGUGUUCUACUUCACCAGCAGCAGUGUUAAUUCGUCUACUUACACUAUUUACAUGGGAAAGGACAAAUAUGAAAAUGAAGAUCUGAUAAAGUAUGGCUGGCCUGAAGAUGUUUGGUUUCACGUGGACAAACUUUCUUCAGCUCAUGUGUACCUACGAUUACAAAAGGGAGAGAAGAUAGAAGACAUUCCAAAGGAGGUUCUGAUGGACUGCGCCCACCUUGUGAAGGCCAAUAGCAUUCAAGGCUGCAAGAUGAACAACGUUAAUGUGGUUUACACGCCAUGGUCUAACCUGAAGAAGACAGCUGACAUGGAUGUGGGGCAGAUAGGCUUUCACAGGCAGAAGGAUGUAAAGAUUGUGACAGUGGAGAAGAAAGUGAAUGAAAUCUUGAACCGAUUAGAAAAGACCAAGUUGGAGAAGUUUCCAGACCUAGCAGCCGAGAAAGAAGGCAGAGACCGCGAAGAGAGGAAUGAGAAGAAAGCCCAGAUUCAGGAAAUGAAAAGGAAAGAGAAAGAAGAAAUGAAGAAGAAAAGGGAAAUGGAUGAGCUUAGGAGCUACUCAUCACUAAUGAAGGUUGAGAAUAUGUCCUCAAAUCAAGAUGGUAACGAUUCUGACGAGUUCAUGUGAACUGAGCAAAGGACCCUGGGAAGACACGAGUGUGCAGACCACUACAGAGCUUCUGAUCUCACCUGGGUUCUGAUUACAGAGACCAAGCAGCCAGCCACACUCUACCUUCAUUCUACAUAGACAUCAUUGUGUUUGGAGUUAAAAACAGUCAUCUUUCUGCUGAUGAAAAGAACAGAUGUAUAAUAUAGUUGAACUUGAAGAAAGUUUAGGAAAAGGAGACUAUUUUUGGCAGAACAUACGUCAGUACCUCAUGAAGGCUGACUGCCUUUGCUUUUGAGAUAGACAUUUGAGCAGACCGACUCUGGAAAGUGUUUCUGUGGCUGUGGUCUGUCCUGGAAAUAUGUCAUGAAAUGUGUUAACUAUUUCUAAAAUACCUACUUCUCUGAAGAGGACUGUUGGGUUUCUCAGGCUGGGCCCUCCUGACGAUGGUUUACUGACUAGAAGGAAGGCUCUGGGUUGAGGGCAGCAGUACUUACCUAACUGGGAUUUCAAAAUCGGCGAGUUCUCUCUUGCUGGCAUCAGAGUAGCUGGCCCAGCUCUUAGCUUCUUCUAAGGGUUAUGUUCUCACUCCUCUGAGGUGAGGGCCCCAUCUAGCAUUGUAGUUACACAGUUGAUCUUAACCAAGCUUAGGAACUCAUCACCCAAAAUCACAAGUGAUCCUAGCCACAGAUGUGACAACUGGAGUCUGAAGCCAUUUGUGUGUGUGGAGGGAGACAGGAAAGGUGCUCUACUAGUUGUGAGAGUGACGCAGAUUGCCUCAUAAUUGUCUUGACUGUAUCAUGAAACAAAAGUCCACCGUGGAUUGCAAGCUUCAGAAAGAAUCAAACAUUUUUCCUAGCCAGCCAAGGCAUCUGUUUCCUUACUUUGGAAUAAUAUUUAUGUUGAAUUGUAAGCCCACAGUUGUAGGCUCAGUGACUUCACAUGUAACAUUGGUACUGGUCUAAGCCACCUGCUAUCCAGUAGAUACCUUUUUGCUACAGUGUUAAGGGAACCCCUGUAGAGAUUCAACAGAGCAGUGAGAGAGGAGAGAGCAUAGCUGGCAGGGUAGUGAGUGGCAUGCAGAUCCAUAUUCUAGCCCACCACACAGUGCCCACAGCUCAGGGGUGUUGAGCCAGCAGAAAUGAUUUCUUCAGCAAAUGUACACCAGCUGUCAUCACUGACGUAUGACAAAACCAGACCGAUGAUCCCUGGUAUUCCAAGUUGAGUAUGAGUUGAACUGGAAAAUUCUCUGAGGCAUAACUUGUUAGCCAAUUUGAGGGGUAUGAAAAUCAGCACCAGAAAUCAGUGCGUGUGCGUGUGUGUGUGUGUGUGUGUGAGAGAGAGAGAGAGAGAGAGAGAGAGAGAGAGAGAGAGCUUUAGACGAGUUCUGUGAUUUAAAAAAUUAUAAUAAAGUAUCAUUUUUAUCAGAAAGGACAUUGAUAUAUGAAAUCUUAAAGCUUGUUUUCUAUAAGAGCAGCGUCCACCUCCAGGCUGGUUUGAGGCUAAUUGUGCUGUAAAAGCUCAUUUAUCAUAGGUUCCUUCUGUGAACUCUUCUGCAUUUGAAGUAAGCAUUGGACCACAGCCCCAUUUUCCUCAGGCUCUGCCGUGGGGUCUGCAAGGGUGGCCUCCUUUUGUCAGAUCUGAGCAUGGAGAAGUUUGAACUGAAGGGAGGCCUGCAUAGUCCCACAAACCCUCCUGCCUAACUCUGCAGGCGUUCCCUUAAUGCUUCUUCAGCUCCUUUAGUUCUUGGCUAUAGACACCUCAGUGGGAGGCUUUGCUGCCAGCAUUGCCUGUGUCCCUCGGCCUCUGCAUCUACAGGACCCUGGACUCACAUAGGGGGAGCUUUUGAAGACUGUUCCUUCAACGUCAGGUGCUCAGCUUACAUUUGGGGGUAAGUAGUUCAGAGCUCAGCUCACAGGUUUAACAUCUGGGCCUCUGCUGAGUUCUCAGGGGUGAAAACCUGGCUCUCACCCCUCACCUUUUUAGCUGUUCCGUGCCUAAAGCUACUCCCCCUUCCCCUCCCCGCCUCUCUGCCCCUGUUUUAUGUUUUUCCAGUUCAGUUGGUCUCAGGGAAAAGCAGAGACCUGUUCUUUUAAGGACAUAGUUCAGGAAUCAGACUGCCAUCAUCAAAGCCAUCUGUUUUUGCUGCUGGCUUUUGUCCUAAGUGUUUGAUAAGGAAGUUCCAGAUUGUUCUAUGCUUAUGAAUUACCCCUUUGAUCACUUCUGCGUGUGAGACCCCUGCAAUCUCUUUCCAGUUUCCUGGCUGUGCCCUCUGCAGAGGAGGCCUGCUUAAGCACUCACUUAAUUAACUUCACAAGCUGCUGUUGGCACGUCUAGGUAAAUUUAGCUCUCUCAUUUCUUACCGUUGGUGUGAGGUCAGAUGCCUGGGCAAGGCAGCUUUGACCAGUGCUUGUAUUUACCAAAUCGACAAGGUUUUAGCAUCAACAGAGUAGUUGAGGGCUUUAGUUGAACCCAUCUGGGACCUUUUUGAAAGUGUAGAUCCUAGAGAGCUUUUAAUCGUUCCUUGUCAGUGGUCCUGUCCCCUAGCCCCCCCAGGAAGAAGUACUGUAAGCCACACAGCGAGACUCCAACCUACAGCUAAACACAAAGCCAGACCAGCCCUGUGUGUGGGGGUCUCUUGUUUCUCCGAGGUGGGACCCUUUAAGAGGAAAACUGAGCAGGGUGGCAAAAUGGAGAAAUAAUAGUCUUCCAGCGUCUUCCAGCAUGUCCUUGGCCGGGAUACUGCUCUGCUUUUUCUUUGAACACAGUUUGUGAAUAGAAUCCCAAAGUUGAAAAUGGUCAUAUUAGAGUAGAUGGGUGACUUUGCAGUUUUAAAGUAAAGCACCAAACAAGCUAUAAUCAGAAGUUAUAAAGUUAGAAGCUUAGAUUCCAGACCUAAUAUCAGCCUCCACACGCCUAGUCCAGCUUUUGCCCAAGCAAGUUCUCAAAAGCGGUCGGUGCCAGUCGGUGCUUAGGGAGUGCUCCUUGUGAGGCACCUGGGGGCCCGGCAUAGGCAAGACUCCACCUGCAUCCUGUCAUUUCUGUCAUGAGACAGUCAACCACGGACACGGAGUUCUGGAGGAGUUUUCUGUAAAACACAACAAAACCUUAUCAUUUGAGUAGAGCUGUGUGUGUGCGCAGGAUUUCUUGUUUGUUUCUAGGGCUCAGCCUCUAUAGUGGGAUGUGCACAGUGAUUUUAAGAGGGUCAGAAAGAGAAUCCUCAGCAUGUGACCAGUGAUACCUUUCAGUUACUUCUGGGCCUGGGCAGAGGGAAAGGAGCAAAUCAAAGGUGAAUGUCACCCAAGAGUCCCAGAACCAGAAGUAAUAUAAAAUAAUGAUCAAAACACUAACAUCUGCAA